CUUGACAUGUGAGAGGAAGAGUAAAGUUCUACAGGCAUACUAACCACAUAGCCCGAAGUUACAUUAAAAGAGACCCAGGGAAGAGGUUUAUGAUGUGUAGCGGCUGUAUCGUCAAUGUCCAUAAGAAAAGCUCGACCGACUGUAAUCAUCCCUGUACAUUUCAAAGAUAAUUCAUAUCUGGCUGGAUCGUUCUUCAGCACCUGUCACUAUAAACCGCAGUAAUGGCAGUCCUUUUUGGCAAAACCUCAUGGUUGGCAUUCAACCUGGGUGUUCUGGUUGGCUUCUUCACUAUAUUUCUCCUGUUGAACAACAUCACCAACAGUUUCAGAACUGAAGUACCCUUAGCAAUACGCUCUUGGGAAAAAAACAAGCACAUAGCAUUGCUGCAGAAAUUUCCUCACAGUCACCAACCAGGUAGCAGCAAUGUCAGUAAUGAUCUUUCACAGAAAAUCAGAAUACUUUGCUGGAUCAUGACUGGACCAAAUAACUUGAAUACCAAAGCCAUUCAUGUAAAAUACUCUUGGACCCGUCACUGCAAUGUUGUUCUUUUCAUGAGUUCCACCUCCAAUGACAGCUUUCCAACCAUUGGUUUGGGCACUAAGGAAGGACGGGAUCAGCUUUACUGGAAGACCAUUCGAGCUUUUCAAUAUGUACACAAGAACUACAUUGAUCAGGCUGACUGGUUUUUUAAAGCGGAUGAUGACACAUAUGUUGUAGUAGAAAAUUUGCGAUGGAUGCUCUCAAAUUAUACUUCUGAUCAGCCAGUUUAUUUUGGCAAGCGCUUUAAACCAUUUGCCAAGCAGGGCUACAUGAGUGGUGGAGCUGGUUAUGUACUUAGUAAGGAAGCUCUGAACAGGUUUGUGGAAGGAUUCCGUACCGGAGUCUGCCAACAUACCACAUCUGUGGAGGACUUAGCAUUGGGUCAGUGUAUGGAGAAAAUGGGCGUUAUAGCUGGAGACUCUAGGGACACUGAAAAAAGGGAAACCUUUCAUCCAUUUCCACCCGAAUCCCAUCUUACCGGACACUUUGAUAAGAGCUUUUGGUAUUGGAGCUACUGUUUUUAUCCCAUUGUGGAGGGUUCCCAGUGCUGCUCAGACCUGGCCAUAUCCUUUCAUUAUGUUGACCCCACAUUGAUGCACAUGCUGGAGUACUACGUGUACCACUUAAGGCCGUAUGGAUAUAACUAUCGAUACCAGCCAGAAUUACCAGAGGCUGCAGGACGACUGCCAGUGCACUAUAAGGAGAAGACUACAACUGAAAUAACAGCAGUGGAUAAAAAUAAAACCAGCUCACAAUAGAUUGGUCACUUCAACUACUAAAAACUGUGGACACUUAUUCAAGUCAUUUGACUUUUAUCUCUCAAAGGCAUUUUGUCUUACAUCUGAGCCAAGUACAUCAGAACCGAGGACAAGCCUGUCUCGGAACUUUGUAAAACAUGUUAAAUUAACUUAUUAUUAUUAAAGGUUGAACUUGA